AGUGACUUCAGUGUGACUCAAAGAAAAUUCUCCAAUAGACCUAAACAAGUUCCCAGUUCUCUCCUUAGGCUGGGUUCUUUUAAUACUGCUCUAGCGAAGUGAGAAACUUCUCUGAUAUUGUUGUCGUUGCCGUUAUCUCUGACUGCAAAAUGGCGUUCUCAUUGAGCAAGAGGCUAGCAUGCUCUCACCUUUCCAAGCUCGCUGCUCCUUCACAGCGAGCUUCACUUAGUUGGCGACGAUAUGCCAGUGCAGCUGCUGUGCCCACGUCUUCCAGCAUACCCGUCCAAGAUGAAACUCAGAUUCGGCAUGAAACCUCUGUGCCCAACCCAGACCCUUCCUCCGACUCGCCGACGGCGACCUUUUUGAAUCAGUCUACUCCGUACAUGGUCCCUACCUACGUUCGACCCCCACCAAUGAUGGUGCAAGGAGAAGGGUGUACUUUGUACGAUAAUGAAAACAGACAGUAUCUGGACUUCACUGCUGGCAUAGCGGUUACUUCUCUGGGUCAUAACGAUCCUGAAAUCACAAGACUGAUUGCCCACCAAGCACAGCGAUUGAUCCAUGCGUCCAACCUCUAUCACAACCCCUGGACCCCCACCCUCUCCAAAUCCCUGAUCGAGGAGACGCAGAAGCAGUCGCCCGGCUCGCCUCUGACUCAAGUCUUCAUCUCGAACUCUGGCUCGGAGGCCAAUGAGGCUGCGUUAAAAUUUGCUCGGAAGGUCAUAUAUGCAAAAGAUCCGGAGUCAAAGCAGAGAGACAUUGUGUCAUUUCAUGGCUCUUUCCAUGGGCGCACGUAUGGAUCACUCUCAGCCACUCCAAAUAAGAAAUACCAGUCCCCGUUCGGUCCCAUGCUGUCUGGGUUCCGUUACGGAAAGUUCAACGACGUUGCGGGUGUCCAAGAGCUGAUCAACGAGAACACUGCGGGAGUGAUCGUUGAACCAAUCCAGGGUGAAGGGGGUGUCAAUGUUGCGACCCCUGAGUUUCUCCAAGCCCUCCGCAAGCGGUGUGACGAAGUUGGUGCGAUUCUGAUCUUUGACGAGAUCCAGUGUGGCUUGUCAAGGACUGGAGAUCUCUGGGCCUAUACUGCGUCCGGUGUGCACCCCGACAUCCUGACAACGGCCAAAGCCUUGGGGAACGGCAUUCCCAUUGGGGCAACACUCGUGUCAGGCAAGACCGUGGCACCGUACAUCAAGACGGGCGACCAUGGGACAACCUUCGGUGGCAAUCCCUUGGCCUGUCGAGUCGCUCAUCACGUCUUCGGCCGUCUCGCCAAGGCUCAACUACAGGAAGAAGUUCGAAUUAAGUCGACCCUCUUUUUCAGCGCCUUCGAAACCAUGAAGGAAAAGUUCCCCGGUGUCCUCUCAGAAGUCAGGGGCAAGGGUCUCAUUGUCGGUUACCAGUUAAGCGACUCCGCAAAGGACAAGGCAACUGAGAUCAUUACUGCCGCACGAGAGCGAGGUCUUCUCGUUAUCACGGCUGGAGAUGGUGUUAUACGAAUCGUUCCGCCUCUUGUUAUCUCGCACGAAGAGAUCAACAGAGGGCUUGCCAUCCUUGAGGACGCCAUGAACGUCGUUUUUAACAAGUAAAGUCAAGUGACAGGCACCACAGGUGAACAGGAAAUGGCUGGUCGCUGAAACACAUUCUGGCUAUGCAAGACUCACAAGCCUAGCCCGAGAGAUUGGACUAUGUUCUCACUUCGCCUUCUGGCACUAUCAUGCCAUGGACGCCUUGGUAAUCUGGACGUCCCGCAGGUUGCCACUUUCCGGCCAAAAUCUUGCUUUCUUCGGCCAGUUUAAAGACCUCGACUUUUAGUGGUCUGCAGCAUUUGAUCAUUUCCUUCUCACUGUCACUUCCAAAGCCCCACAAGGAAAGAUCUCCACCCGGGCACGUUGACAGAGCCAUCAGGAGAUCCUGCUCGGCGAAAAAUUCGAUAUAGUCGCCCGGUCGCGCAGGGCACGGAUUCAUGAAGUAUCUGCCCUGCGAAUCCAGACCCGUUACCUGGAACAGGUUGAUCACGUCGUGAACAUCUGAUUCGUUGAGACCGAAAGGCAAGACAGCUCUUGUGAGGUUGGAGUGGCAAUGAUAGUCGUACGACGCCUCUGGUCCUGAGAGUAGGGUGUUGAUAUAGGGGUCGCAUCUGGUGCCAAGAAGGUCAUGAACUCUUCCUCCGGUCUCAUCCACUCCGUACCAAGAGAGGGAAUCGGAGAUGAUGGUGCACAAUGGACGCAUAUACGGUAGGCAGGACCAGAGGCGAUCACCUGUUGUUACGUGUGACGAGUGGAGCUGUUUUGUCCGAGACGCCCAGAAUCUCUCGCGAGGGUUACUCGCAUUCCAGAUAUUCAAGUCCCCUGCGGACCGUGUCAGAGCGCGAAUGCUUAUACAGAAAUUGUUUCCCCUACCAACUUGAGGCCCCUCAGGCGUGCUGAUUCUGAUAAUACUCUUGGCUGGAGCCUUCCAAGCACGACCUGAACGGAUAGGCAAGACAAAUGACUCGACAAGUUCCCUGGGACUUUGCUGAAUAGACUGAUACAGCUCCUGGUCGACCGUCAGGGGGGAACCGGCGGUGGGUAGAUAUGCGGGUUGAGGAGGAGGCAACGGCUUCCUCGCUUUCAAGCGUUCCUCGUUGGACUGAGGGACAGACAUCGUCGCUCGAGAAUGCCACCGAUUCUAGUCUUCGGAAUGCCGUCUCUUACAAUCCAGGAGCUCUACUCAUCCUUGUCGUGAUUACACUGGAUCAGAGGCUUAUUUAUGGGCGUCUGGAUGCGGACAUGUCCGACCUCCCAGCUCACGAUGUUAUCAAAGCUGAAUGCUGGGUGCCCGAAUCUACUCCAGUGCACAAUACAAGCGUAGUAAGUCUCCCUUUCCGUCUCGAGCAUGUCGUUAGUCAUGGGCCAAAGGUCUCACACGACGCGCAAGGUGUUUAAGCCGCAUUGGACCGUGAGGCACGGCGUUGUAGCAAACAACUUCGAUCAUCCUCUAGAGCAUUUUUACGGCUCGACGCUCUAACCAG